AUGGAUGAUGCACAAGUGUUUGACAGUCCUAAAAAUUUCAAAAUAUUUGAUAGUGGUAGUGUUUUCCAUUAUCUGUGCUUCUUUUUUCAUUAUAUUGUAUUGUUAUUGUGUUUAGGAAGUUCUCAAGGGUUAUACUCAGGUAAUCAAGUGGUGGUAGAAGGUGACACAUUUAAUAUCACUUGUCAAACGGAUGUGUUUGCCUUCAUCAAAUGGCAGAAGGAUUCUCGUUCAAUUGUUGGUGAUUUGCUCAAGCAAUAUAACGUAACUGAGCACAGAGGUAGUGAUACAGUCACCUCUAGUAUAUCUACUUCUAAUGCUCAGAUAUCCCAAUCUGGGAGCUACCGGUGCGGUGCAUUUGUGGAAAAUAGUUACCACCUCUAUGUUUUGAGUGCGAACUCCAUCUCAGUUAACUAUGAUGUUAAUUCGACAAGAUACAAGUCUAUAACUUUCAAGUUACCACUGGAAAUACAAUGUAACACCACGGAAAGCAGUACAAGGAUGGAAUGGUACAAAGAUGGUGUAAACAUUACAGUUCCAAAAGAUAAAAGAUUGAAGAUAGAGGACAACAAACUUGUGAUAGAAGAUCCCAAGGAUGAAGAUGCAGGGAACUAUACUUGUAGAGCAGUGCUCACCAAAGGAAAUGGCACUAUUGGAGAAAGACUUAUUGAAGUAAUUGUGAAGCCUCAUGUAGGGAUGCAGAAGGAUGUGACUGUGGUAGAGGGGGAGAAGCUGAAGCUGGAGUGUAUGGUGUUUGGCAGACCACUUCCAGAAAUUUCAUGGACAUUUGGUAAUGAAACUUUCUACAGAAGUCGCGAUCGUGUAAUGCUUCAAGAACAUAAUGGUGUUGCCAACGCACUAUUUGUAAUCAAGGAAGCAGCGAUGGAGGAUCGUGGAUUAUAUAGUUGCAUUGCAACAAAUGCUAAUAAUUCCACAGAUAGUGCUGAAGUAAAUGUUAGAGUGAAGGAUAAGCUAGCAGCCCUUUGGCCAUUCCUUGGCAUAUGUGCUGAAGUGUUUGUUCUCUGUGCCAUUAUCUUGAUCUACGAGAAGAAACGCAACAAGACAGAGCUGGAAGAAAGUGAUACAGAUAACAGUCCUGAAACAAAGAACACACCUGACCACGGCAAAGAUUCUGUUAGACAGAGGAAAUGAAUGCAAGUGUCUGCCAUAAAGGAAAAAAAUAAAAUAAACUGUUGGCUUCUUUGUUAAUUUUUUAACUUGAAAAAAAGAAUAAUGUUUUGAUGAUCACCAAGUUUUUAGUAAAAAAUAGGGUAGCUAUAAAAAUGCAUGUUUUGACACUUUAGAUCAUCUCCCUCCCCUGAGUUUGCAGAGGAAUAUGAGACAAGGAAAUGCACAUAUAGGAUGGCCCUUUAUUUCAUGUGAAUGAAGAACUGCAUAUUUGUACUUCCAAAC